ACAUCGCGCCGUUUAUUUCGGUCGUCGGCGACAAGGCCCUAAAAAGCCAGCAAAAAUUGAAGAAAGUUAACAAAACCUAAAUAAUGAACAACAAUGGUCCAGUGCUGUGCCUGCUGUUGCUCAACUUUGGCAUGUGGCUGACCACAGCGGCUGUCUUCGAGGAGGGCAAUAACAACAAUGUGCAGAUAACCAAACGCAGUCUGGAAUUAACCCAAACCAUCAAUAUACAGCGACAAGAUUUGAUGCAGCGGCAGUGCAAGCUGCUGGGCGAGCAUGAACAAACUGUGGAGGAUCUAAGUGAGCUGCAAAUGGAUCAUAUGAUUGUGGAUAAGGAACACAAGCUGCUCUACUGCUACGUGCCCAAGGUGGCCUGCACGAAUUGGAAACGCGUAUUGAUGCUGCUCACGGGCAAAUGGCAGAACGGUACGGACCCGCUACAAAUACCGGGCUCGCUGGCGCAUUCCGUUGGCUUGUUUACCAAGUUCCAUGAGCUGAGCGAUGAGGAACGCGUUCAGGUGCUCAGCGAUGACUACACACGCUUCAUACUGGUGCGACAUCCUUUCGAGCGUCUGCUGUCCGCCUUUCGCAAUAAGCUGGAGGGCGUGUCGCCAAGUGCGCGCUACUUUCAAGAUCGCGUGGGACGACAGAUAGUCAGAGAGCUGCGUCCGGGUGCUAGCAAUGAGUCUUUGGAUCUGGGCAAUGAUGUGCAGUUUGGCGAGUUUGUGCAAUAUUUACUAACGCCAGAGCUAAGUCGCGUUAAUCAAACGGACUACAAUGAACACUGGGAGGUCAUUGCCAAGCUAUGCAAUCCCUGUGUCAUGAAAUACAAUGUUGUGGGCAAAUAUGAAACGUUGCUGGAUGACUCCGCCUUGGCCUUGCACUUGGCAGGUGCCAACAAUCUAACCUUUCCCACGGGUCACAAGCCCUCCAGCACACGUGCCAAUUUGCAUAAUUACUUUGAUCCUCUGCCCAUUGGCGCCAUUCGGCGUUUGUAUGAGAUCUAUGAGGAGGACUUUCGCCUAUUUGAUUACGGCUUGGAUGAUGUCUUGGGCUUUGAAUUUGGUUAACUAUAAUUCUUAUGUAUAUACUGUUAAUUCCAUGACAUUUGUGCACUGUGAACAUGACGCUUUCCACUGGAGAAUCUUGUGAUGAUAGUCUAAGUCUUUAAAUUGUUAGUAAAUGGGCGAAUAUUAAUCUUAACUAGGCUUACGUAGCAAAAUAUUGAAAUCAAGUGUUGCUUUAUUUAUUCAAUUUCUUAAGUUAGCAUAAUGUAAUUAUGUACAAACUUUUUAAACAUAAGUCACAGCAGUAAACUAUU